AUGCUAUCCUCAUCUCGCCUACUUAGUCAAGGUCACAAGGAAGUGAUUCACAAGUUCAGAAGAGAUCUCAGUGGGAUUGGAAUUGAGUUGCCUACUAUGGAUAGCAUGAGUGAGGCAUUUGAUCAAAUGCAAAUGGUCAAGGAUGUUCUAGCCAACAGUGAUAAAGUUUCAGAGGUCCUACAAGAGUCUACUCAUCAGUUCAACCUGCUUACUUCACCCACCUUCCUACCAAAGGUCAAGGAUCAAGGGAAAUUCACUCUCCCUUGCACACUUGGGCAUCUUGAGAUUGACAAUGCCUUAGUGGAUUCUGGAGCAAGCAUCAAUCUGAUCUCUCUCUCCAUGGCAGAGAAGCUAGGCAUUGCUGGAACCUUGCAGCGCCCUACUACUUCAAUCAUGUUUGGAGAUGCAACUUCUAAGUCUCCUCUUGGAGUGUUCAAGAACUAUCACUUGAAAAUUGGAGAAUGCAUCAUCCAAACUGAUCUCACUGUGAUGGAAAUGGAAGAAGAGAAGGAUUUGCCUUUGUUAUUGGGAACCCCUUUCCUUAGUACAGUUGGCGCUUCAAUAGACUUUCACAAGCAAGAAGUGAUCCUUCACAAGGUUGUGAAGGAAAGGGUUGACAAGGAACCAAGAGUUGGGAAGGAUAAGGAUGAGAGAGGACCAAGGAUUGAGAAGCCACGUCUUGAGAGGGCUAGAGUUGAGAAACCACGAUCUGAUAGGCCAAGAGCUGAGAGACUUGUUCAAGCCCCUUGUGUGCUUGAUGAAGAGAGCCUUCAAGCUUUGUUUGAUGAGCCACUAGGAAGGGCUCUAAAAGAAGGGGAGGAUGCAGCCUCUAAGGCAAGACCAGGGAUAAAAGAAAGAUCCACCAGCUCAGGCCCCUUCAGUCAAGCCAUCUCAGCUCACAAUGACUUUGUUCCCCACCAAGUUUGA